UUCUCACUUUUCCGUUUAAUACCAAUUUCUUAAAAGCUCCAUAAUUUCUCUCAUCAGUUUUACUCUACAUUCAAGGGCAAAACAGUCAUUAACAACAUCACUUCUAUAUUCAUCUUUUCUUUUGUAUUUAUAUGCAUACCUUCUGAUCUUUUAUUUGCUAGCCAUUGACAUCGUUCAUAGCUCACUUCACAUUUUGUUAAAAUUUCUCUAUUAUAAUCAUAGUCAUUUAUAUAAAAAUCUUUAAUUUCCGCCAUUUAUGACCAUUUUUCUUUGUAGUAAGCAAAAGAAAUAGAGGGAAAAAAAAUGGAAAAAUGGUUUUAUUUUUGGUUAUUUGCAAUGACCGUUAUCACGGUAGUUACUGCUUGUCCGCCAUCAGACAGGGCAGCACUAAUGUCUAUUAAGGCUGCCCUUCAUGAACCAUAUUUGGGUAUUUUCAAUUCUUGGACCGGUUCGGAUUGCUGUAGAGGUUGGUAUGGUGUAAGUUGCGACCCGUAUAUUCACCGGGUUGCCGACAUUAAUUUGAGGGGUGAGUCUGAAGACCCGAUUUUUGAACGGGCUCACCGAACCGGGUUCAUGACCGGUUCGAUCUCCCCGGCUAUUUGUAAGCUUGACCGUUUAAGUAGUCUCACUAUAGCCGACUGGAAAGGGAUAUCGGGUGAGAUACCCGCUUGUAUUACCUCGCUGCCUUUUCUCCGGACCCUUGACUUGAUUGGAAACAAGUUUACGGGUCGGAUCCCGGGUGAUAUUGGCCGUUUGAAGGAACUUACGGUUCUUAAUUUAGCUGAUAAUAGUCUUACCGGUCCAAUUCCUCGGUCUAUUGUCAACUUGGGUCGGUUGAUGCACUUGGAUCUGAGGAAUAACAAGUUAUCGGGUGAAUUACCAAGUAACAUGGGCCAACUUAAAAUGAUGAGUCGGGCUUUGUUAAGUGGUAACCAAAUUGGUGGCCCGUUACCCGUUUCAUUAUCCAACAUCUACCGUCUUUCGGAUUUGGAUCUUUCUCUAAACAAGUUAUCGGGUGAAAUACCCGAUAUGUUUGAUAAGAUGCCGGUUUUAGCAACCUUGAAUCUCGACGGUAACAUGAUAUCGGGUCAAAUACCAGGGAGUUUGUUAAAUUCGGGUGUUAGUAUACUGAAUUUAAGUCGGAAUGCUUUGGAGGGUCGGAUACCCGAUUCUUUUGGGCCAAGGUCGUAUUUUAUGGUGUUGGAUUUGUCUCGUAAUCGGCUCAGUGGGCAGAUACCCAAGUCCAUAUCCACAGCUUCUUACAUUGGGCAUUUGGACGUGAGUCAUAACCAACUUUGCGGGCCGAUACCCGCCGGUUCUCCUUAUGAUCACUUGGAAGAGUCAUCCUUUGCUUAUAAUUCUUGUCUUUGUGGCAAACCGCUUAGUAAAAAAUGUUGAAGAGUUAAAAAAAUUAUGAGUCACAUUAGUAAUUAAUUAAUUAAUUAUUAUGUAUCUUGGUUUAUACAUCCUUGCAAAUAUAUGUCCUUAUAUUAUUCAAA